CUCACACUCCAGUACGGUAAGUACCGUAAGUGUACGAUCCGGCACUAAAAACUCAAAAGAAGAAGUACGUCAUCAGUCUGCGACACUGCCUGUCUCGACAGAGUAGGACUCAACUCACAUGUGCCAUUUUUAUGUAACUUCUGGAUCUUUACGAACUGUUUUGGACACUUUAGAGUUGUACAUUACAUUGAAUUUCGUGUGCAUUACUAGGAAACUGGUACGUUGUCAAUAAUGAGUUCUCAGAUCACUUGUGUUGGAUGGGUAAAGCGAGGCGUUUCGAAGGAAACACCAGAUAAGGUGGAGUUGAGCAAAGAAGAAUUGCAACGCAUUAUAGCAGAGGCAAAAGAACAAUUGGGUGAACGCGUAGGUGAAGAGGAGGAUGAUGAAGGCAUGGCCAGCGGGCAGGAACAGAGUGACGAGGCAGAAGCUGUUCAGGGACAGGAGCCAGAGCAAGAUGAAAAUGAAGCAGGAAGGGAGGAAGCUGAUGAACUAGCAGAGUAUGGUUUGGAUAGAUAUGACGAGGAAGACUCUGUGACUGCCAACCUUGGUGACAGCCUUGCCGGCCUCACAGUGUUCAGCACCAAUGAGGAGGAUCCUUACAUUACCAUCAAAGACACAGACCAGUAUGAGCGAGAGGACUUUCAAAUCAAGCCCAAUGAUAACCUUGUAAUUUCAGGCAGAGCAGAGAAGGACUGCUGCAACCUGGAGAUUCACGUAUACAAUGCUGAGGAGGAAUCCCUCUAUGUUCACCAUGACAUACUCCUGCCAGCCUAUCCACUGUGUGUGGAGUGGCUUAACUUUGACCCUAGUCCAGAAGGCACAGGCAAUUAUGCGGCUGUAGGCAACAUGACACCGCAGAUUGACGUGUGGGACCUGGAUGUGGUGGACUGCCUAGAGCCUGCCUUCACUCUGGGGAGCAAGAAGGCCUCCAAGAAGAAAAAGAAAAGCAAAAAGGCUGCAGCAGAGCCAGUGGAAGGUCAUACAGACGCUGUACUCGACUUAUCCUGGAACAAACUGGUCCGCAACGUCUUGGCCAGUGGGUCAGCCGACAAAACAGUGAUCCUGUGGGAUCUGGCACAGGGAAAGCCGGCCACAACACUGUGCAGACACACUGACAAGGUCCAGACGUUGAUGUUCCACCCCUUUGAAGCUCAGACCCUGAUAUCAGGAUCAUACGAUAAGUCGGCAAUCCUGUAUGACUGCCGCAGCCCGGACAGCAGCCAUCGCACUUGGAGGUUUAGCGGGCAGGUGGAAAGGGUCGCCUGGAACCACUUCUCGCCCUGCAACUUCCUGGCGAGCACAGAGGAUGGCUUUGUUUACUGUCUGGACGCACGCUCGGACAAGCCGGUGUUUACACUAAGGGCACAUGACGGAGAGGUGUCAGGCUUGGACCUUAGCAGCCAGAUCCGGGGAUGCUUGGUCACCUCGUCAGCAGACAAACACGUCAAGAUUUGGGACAUCUUGGGGAACAAGCCCAAUCUGGUUCACACCCGGGACAUGAAAAUGGGGGUGCUGUUCUGUGCAGCGUGCUGUCCUGACAUGCCCUUUGUAUAUGCAUUUGGAGGACAGAGGGAUGGCCUGCGGGUUUGGGACAUAAGUGAUGUGGCAGCAGUCACUGAGGUGUUUGGCAAUCGGGAGCGGUUGGUGGCAACCACAGCGCCUGAGGCAUCCAGCAGCACUUCCUCCACAGCAGAUAUGGAGCUUUCCUAGUGAACCACUCUGGACCAACUUCCAAUCAACAUAGAGCGACACCUUGGACUCGCACAGAGAGAUCCACAUAGCCAAAGACUUUCGGUCAACCCGAGGCCAAGAAGGCACUUCAAGAACAUUGCCAGAACUGUGGAUAGACUUUCUCUCUUCAAACUUUUCUUCUAAAACAUCUCCUAAUAAUUAAGCACCACAAAUAUUUGUUUUUGUGAGCUAAAAUGUCUUUGCAACAAGGAAGGUGAAUAUUUAUCUGAAUAUAUGUCUAAAUAUUUCAAUAGAUUUUUUUUUUUUACUAACAAUCAAUGGAAUAACUAUUGAAAUGUGAUUUUGAAGGCACAGGUAUCUGGUUUAAUGUCAUCAAUGAUUAUUUGUGUAGGAAUUUGCUGAUCUUGGCCUGAAAUCCUGAGAUGAUUAUUAUUUUUCUCCCUCAGAAUAAACUAUGUAUUGUGUCAUUGA